UCGGUCGGCUCGGCAGUGAAGCGAGCGAGGUCGGCCCGACGGCCAGUGAGACAUAAUCCUCUGCGCGCACGGAACGCUUGCCGGCUGCUCGCGAUAUCGCGCGUAAUAUCACGACAACAUAAAUUAAAUAAAUACUUUCCUAAACACCAUAAAUAUUGAACACUUCAUUUAAUACAUCAUAUAAUAAAAUCACGAAUUUUAGUCACAAAUAAAAUAAUUAAUUGCAAUGUUUAUGUUUUUCGCGAAACAAAAAUAUGAACUGAGGAGCUUAUAGACUUAGUUUUGUUUUAUAAAUCGAUUGUGAGAAACUUUUGAAGAUGAUGAUGGCUAGUGCGAAACUGGUGAGGGACUGCAGCUCGGAGCUGAGCUCGGACGUGCGGUCCCUGUCCGUGGCCUCCUCCACGGAGGAGCAGGAGUCCACCACCACGGAGUCUGAAUACACCGAGGAGGAAAAGGAGUACGAACUCGAAGACCUACAGAUAUUGAAAACUAUUGGUACCGGCACGUUCGGUCGCGUGUGCUUGUGUCGUGACAAAGCUGCUGAUGAGUAUCUGGCAAUGAAGAUACUGUCCAUGGCUGACGUUAUACGUCUCAAACAAGUGGACCACGUCAUGAACGAGAAGAACAUUCUCGCAGAGAUCAAUCAUCCCUUCAUUGUGAACUUGCGGUGGUGGACGCACGACGACUCCUGCAUCUACAUGCUCUUUGACUACGUCUGCGGGGGCGAGCUCUUCUCCUACCUAAGAACCGCCGGCAGAUUCAGCAACAGUAUUGGUAACUUCUACGCAUCGGAAAUCGUAUCAGCUCUAGAGUAUCUGCAUGCGCGCAACAUCGUGUACCGGGACUUGAAACCGGAGAACCUUCUCCUGGCCAAGGAUGGACAUCUGAAGAUCACGGACUUCGGGUUCGCGAAGAAGCUGACGGAUAGAACUUGGACCCUGUGCGGCACCCCGGAGUAUCUCGCGCCUGAGAUCAUACAGAGCAAAGGGCAUAACAAGGCUGUUGAUUGGUGGGCAUUGGGAGUACUUAUAUACGAAAUGCUGGUUGGUUACCCUCCGUUCUACGACGACAACCCGUUCGGUAUCUACGAGAAGAUAUUGAACGGUCGAGUGGAGUGGCCGAGACACCUGGACCCUGUGGCCAAGGACAUCAUCAAGAAACUCCUCGUCCAAGACCGAACCAAGAGGCUGGGCAACAUGAAGUGCGGUACUGAAGACGUCAAAAGGCACAGAUGGUUCAAGCACAUAGACUGGGCUGACGUCUUCAUGAAGAAACUUCAGCCACCGAUAAUGCCGGCGGUGUCGUACGAGGGAGACACGUCCAACUUCGAUGAGUACCCAGAAACAGACUGGAAGUCAGUUCGCUCACUCGACUCCGACGAACUCAAACUGUUCGCCAACUUUUGAUGCCACCACUCAACUACCAAUGGUUAAAAUAAGUUCAUAGAUAAAUACCCAAAGGAAAGGCUUAGUACAGGUCGCCUAAUUAUGAAAUUACUUACAGAAAGUAUUUUUUCAUAUUAUAUUUAACACUUAAUUAAGUCUAUUUGUUAGAGGCCAAGCAGGGCGUUUGCAGUCGUUAGGAAACCGUCCGUAUUAGAGUAGAGUGAAUUGUAUUUAAUGAAUAACCUAUUUGAUUGUCUAAUUGUGUUUAGGCUGGCUGGAGUCAUUCGUACCUAGAUUCCUAAGUAGAUAAGGGAUUUAACUAACAAAAAAAUUUACGUAAUUCUCAAUUGAGUUAUAUUAUAAUCUUAAAUUAAACUUUUCAAAUCAAAUAGGUCCGAUUCAAAGCUAGGUUAAUUUUGAAGACACUAAUUUUCGUAAUUUAAAUUUAGAAUUUUACUCAACUUUCGAUUGAGACUGCAAUCCCUUCUUCUUAAUAGUAACAUUGAAUACCAGUGCCCCUGUUUCACCUAUACUUGUGUAACAUGCUUGUGUGUUUGUAAUAAUGUCUACCAAUUCACGAGUUGUACCGAUAUUGUUUAGUUUGGCUUCGGUCAGUCCGCCAGGCGGUAUCGUUGAGUAUUUCCUGUGUGUGCAUUUAUAAAGAACAGCUGGCGUUAAAAACCUUAGUAAACAAUAAGAGAAAUCAUUACUUAUUAACAUUUCACAUUUCAUCUUUAUUUAAUAAUAAAUAUUGUACAUUUGACGUACAUGCCUCAGUCUGUUCGCCGAGAGGCUUAGAAAAGUGUAAAUAUUAAUAUAUAAGUUUAUGCAUUACAUUUCCAAUGCUUUCUAGUUCAAAUGUUAGUGUGUAAGAUAGAAUAGUUUGUCAACAAUGGCAAAUAUUUUGAUUUGUGAUUGAGUAUGUUAUAAUAUUUUCCUUUAACUUAAUCAUAUAGAAUAUUACAUAUUAAUUAUAUUUUUGUUUCCCGUAUACAAUGUUUGAAUGUGGAAGGUAGCGCCAUCUAGUAAGUGAGAUUAUAAACUAAAUAAUUUACAAUUGUUUACUGUGAAAGUAGAUUCUUUGCACAUCCUAUAUUCUAAAUUGGAAUGUUAAAUAAUUUGUAAUAGAUCUAGAUUUUACAGUAGUCACAUUCAAUGAUUAGUUUAAUAUCAUUAAAAGAUCUCACAAA